AUGGCAAUGCACUUGGCGAUGCUGAUUUUCAGUGAAAUACUGUUUCAGGGUAUCUCUGAGGAACUGCUGCUUUCGGCUACCAGAGUGGUAGAUAAAGAGCUCACGGUUCAUGAAUCGAAACGGAAUACCACUCGACAAGAGAAGAUCUUCCUGCACAGGAACUCAAAAUCUCUGCCACACAUUGAAGUCAUUGUACAAACAUCAUACCAUUCACCGCAAAAGCUUCCGAUAGAUUCGGCUGCGAGUGGAAUUGGAGGGUGGAUAUCGCCUGAUGAGCCUGAUGAGGAUGGUGGCUUCAGCAACGGUUCCCUUCGCACACCCAUAAAAGAUCUGCUGGACAUCACGAAUGAUCAGGCAAUAUCAGCUAACUUCUUCAACCCUGAGGCAGCAAACCCAAUUCCAAGACUACAUGGCAAUGUCAGAGUACCUAAAAAGACUGUUACGGGAGCUCACAUCUCGAAGAGGCCACUCUGGCACACGUACCAGGGCUCAAGGCCGCCAGCGCCCAUACUUCAGAGGCCGGACACUAUCUGGAAGCCGAGCACGCCGGUCUCGCCGCGGGAAGAGCACAAGCACGCCGGCACGGGGUGGAUGGGGCGGGGGAGAGGGAACAGCGGUGCCGAUGCCUUCGCCCACACGAAGCCCACCGGUAGCAGCAGCUACGGACAUGGGGCAGGGAGCGGCACUGCCUCCGAGGUGCAAUGGUGCAGCAGCAGCAGCUACGGCAACAGCUAUAGGAAAGGUUUCCAUCGGGUGGACAUGGCGCAAAGCCGCAAGGACAGCUGGUUUGACAACGGCGGUGCAUACAGUUUCCGACCGCUUGGAAGUGCGCCGUGGACAGGAGACGGCAGCCGCGGAGGCGGAAAUGGAGGCGCCGAUCAUGGCCGGAGCGUGCAGCCACGUGGUUGGUAG